CAAUGAUGCAAAAGGUGGAGGUCUGGUUGUCGAGCAGUUAUUUCGAGGUUUGAGAGGCCUAGAGAUCUGAUGUUCAAUGCUGCCACUCAACAAACGCUCAGCUUCCUUUAGCAUCUGUAGGCAAUCAAGAGAAUUUACCACCACAUGCAGAGUGGUAAACCAAAGGCAAUCUCAAAUGACUCUCCUACGAUGAGGCGCCAGCUGCAUUGACACCAAUUGCCAAACCCUAACUUCUCGGGAUCAGCUGUUGACCUGGCCAUGGAGCGUCACCUGGAAGAAGGAUCGGGGUACGAUGAACUCAGUACUCAGAAUGCUGCCGAGACAUCAGGAGGGGCACUGCUGCGGGGGCACACCACCAGACUCAAUGGAUGGGGAGCUGGGGUGGCUGACAUCAGCGCGUGGUCAGCGAUGCUCAGCAGCGAGGCGCGGCGGCUGGAACGGCAUGGAAUGGAGGCGGACAAAGACUCUGUUGCCUUGCUAAGGCAGCUCGCUUCAGAGGUUCUAAAGAUCCAGGAACACAUCGACGCCAAGGACGGGGAGGUGCGCGCGCUGCACAAGAAGCUGGCAGAUCAGCGGCGGGCUCGGGAGGCGCUCGAGAUCCUCAAGCAGCACGUGGAGAAGCUGGAGGAGAGGUGCCAGAAACGCAUCGACGAGACGGCAGUCCUCCGCAAGAAGCUCCGCGAGCAGGCACGCGACGACGAGACAGCAGCCCUUCGCAAGAAGCUCCGUGAGCAGGCAUCGCUUCUCAAAUGUCGCACGACCACUGAGAACAACCACCGAGAGAGGGUCACGGCCAAAAGUACCAGAAUUGCUCGACUCCUCCCUCCUAAAUCCACUCUUGCAUCUCAGAAACGCGACGACGAAACGGUGGCCCUCCGCAAAAAGCUCCGGGAGCAGGCGUCGCUCCUCGACCGUUCCACGACCACCGAGAACACGCUGCGAGACAGGGUCACUGCGAAAGAGACGGCGGCCGCGGCGGCGCAGCGCGUGUUGGAAGAGCAGAUGGACGAGAUGGGGGGACACGUGGCGGCGUUGAGGGAGGAUGCGGAGAAACGGGAGGAGCAGCGGCGGCGGCUGGAGGCGGAACUCAAGGUAGCCGUCGAGAAGGAGGCUCGCAGUCAGGACCGCCAAGCAGAGUUGUCCGCCACCGUCGAUGCCCUCAAGGCGCAGCUCGCAAAAUCGACGGCCGAGAUCGCGCGGCAAUCGGAGCAGCUGGCCGGCCGCGGCCGGGAGGUUUCGGACGUCCGAAUGGAGCUGGCGCGCGUCCGAGAACAAUUACGGACGGCCGAACUAGAGCGGGAGGCGCAGAGGGAGCGGUUCGAGGAGAAGGAGGGGGAGUGGGAGAGCGUGAUUCGGCAGGCAGACGAGCGAUUGGUCGAAGCUGACGUCACCAUCUUGGACCUCCGCCGGACCCUCACCUCCCUCGAGCAAGACCUUGCGCACACGCGCGACGCUGCUGACGUCACGGCGCGCCAGCUGACAGAGCACGAGCGGUCCGCCGACGACCUCGCACGUGCCCAGGCUGGGGCCAUUUCACACCUUGAGGAGGACCUGCGCCGAACGCAGUGUGAAUUGGCGGAUCUCAGAGACGAGCACGCGAUGCGGGCAGCGCCGGAAGUGGAGAGAGAGUUUGUGGAGGAGAUUGAGCGGUUGGACGGGCAACUAGAGACGGCGAGAGAAGAGGCGAGGGCGGCAUUGGGUGAUGCGACUGAAGCUGUGGCAGCCAGAGACGCCGCCGAACGGCGGCUACUUCACGUUGUCGCUCAUGUCGCGGACGAGGCCUCGGAUCUUCGCCACCUACUUUCUCACGCCACUUCGCCGCAGUCUGCAUCCUACAAACCCUCUGCCCAACAAGGCCUUUUGGGCGAGGGCCCGGAAACGCCAAUUCCCGAACCGGCGGGAAUGGCGUUAUCGACGCUGGCCGUCACCGCUCGCAAGACCGUUCUCGCUCUUAGGGAAGUGCGGGAGCGGGAGGGGAGGCUGGAGGAGGAACUAGAGGCGGCGCGGCAGAGAUUGGAGCACGUGGAACGAGAGCGCCUCGUCAGCACCACAGUUGCCAAGGACCUUAAGCUUCUCCUCGAGAAAGCCCAGGAAGUUCUCGAGCGCCGGAACUCCGACGGGGAAACGGAACGGAAAGAAGCGCAGGAACGGAACGCGGCGCUCCUCGGCCGUUGCUCGCAACUAGAGCGACAGCAAAGGACGCUCGUCGAGGCCGUCGCGGCCGCUUGUGCGGCUCUGCAGGGUUUGGGGGUUCCAGAAGACUUGCGUUCCGGCGGGGGCGCGGAGGAAGAGGGCUUUAGGCGACCCGAAAGCUUGACGGGGCUCCAGGUGAGCCUGGCGGAACAAACGGAGUCUGUGGGCGCCGCCCACGCGACCCUGGUCCGCCUCGCCCGGCGACUCCAAUCGGAUUCCGCUGAACUGUCGGACUGCAAAGCGGAAGCGGAACGGGCUCUUGACAAGGCCCGCGAAAACGAGGCACAGCUCAGACUGCGGCUGCAGACUAGCGAGGAGGCCCUGUCGAGAGCGAAGGCGGCGUUGGAGAUGGCGAGGGAGAGGCACCGGGACGAGUUACGGGGCUUGAAGAAGGAGUGGGAGGAAAGGAGGGAGGGGGAGGUGGCCCGAGCGGCAGACGAGAAAGAAGAGGUUACGCAGGAACUGGAGUCGUCCCGGGCAAUCGCCCACCAGCUGCUCGGCACCGUCCAACUGCUCGUCCGGUACGCUGCGCCUGUCCGACAAAAACUGGCGGACGUCCGGUGGGCCAAGGCCGUCGUGUCCGCACAGCUCCGGGCUUCCGUACUGCAAGUACAGCAGAUGCAGACCGCCUUCGCGACAUUACAAGAAACUCUGCUUGGAAAAGCGAACGAGGAGAGGCGGGAAAACGGGCGUUUUGGGAGCGUGCAAAUUGAGAGCCAUUGGGACGAGAAAGGGGUUUACGGUGGAGGUAAGAGUCAUGGCCGAAACGGGUUUAGGGGUGUGAAUGGGGACUUUGAUGUGGACGGGGUGACUGGUGUGAAUGCCCACAAAGACGGACUUAACCACACCGGGUUUGCGGAGGGUUUGGCGCCAAAAGCGCGAUUACGGGCGGGGGUUUGGGCGGUCGUCGCGCAUUUGCGGCUGCUCUCGCUGGGGCGAUUCAGCGUCAACCAGACGGUAACCAAGGUCUGCCGGGAAAGCGUCCCGCUGCUGCCACGUGGCAGCGUGCGGUUGGACCGCGAGAUGAUGAUGGCCGUCGCGGGGGCAGGGGCGGGGUGCAGUGCGAGGGAGGAGGCGGAGGCGGUGGUGAAACUGCUGGACACGGCGCAGAAGAGCUCGCGGCAGACUUCCCCUCCUCCGGUCCCUCGGUCACUCCCAGGACGGUCCAAAGCUUCAGCGGACAGCUUCCGGACGCUGGUGGAGCGGAUCACACGCCACGUGGACAGCGAACGGACGGAGCACAGCAACUUGAUAAAGGCCUUGCACGCUGCUGGCGCAAGUACCGCCAAAGAACACGCCGCCGCUCGCUUAUGGGAAACGGAGGCGCGCAAGUAUGGCGAGCUGAUCGCUUAUAUGGAGGAAAGAGAGCGGCAGCUCCAAGCGGACCUGAGCCGUUCCGUUCCGCUGGAAGAGCACCGGCGGAUCGUGGACGAGCUGAAGCGGAUGAGGGCCGAGGCGGAGGGCGUUGUGCGGGAGCGGGCGGAGGUGGGCCGGGAGCUGACGUCACAGAUCAAGGUGGCAAGCCACUUGCGGACGCAGCUGUCGGACGCCCGCGAGGCGGUGCACGGCAAGAUCCUGGCAACGGACCGCUUGACCCUGGAGUUGGCGAAAGAGCGGCAGCAGCUGGCGCGGCUGCGCGAAUCGGCCGCGGCGCAGGAGGCGCACCACAAGCGGCUGCAGGAGGAUUACGAAGCCCUCGUGGAGAGUCUUCGAGAUGCUGAGAAAGCCACGCUUGCUGCGAAGCGCGAUGUCGACGAGCGUGCUGACGUGGCAAGGCGGUUGGAGCAAAAGGCGGCGACCGCACGGAAACACAUUUCUCACGACGGCCCGUCUGAGCGCGAGUCACAGAAAGCGCUGUCCGCAGUGCAAAGCGAAGCGGCGGCGGCGAAACGCGAGGCGGCGCUGUCGCAGCAAUGGUUGCGGCGGCAGAGCGAUCUGUGCGAGGAGCUGACGGGAAAGUCGCAGGACAUGCAGCGGCAGUUGCUGGCGUCACGCGAGCACGCGCUGACGCUCCGGCGGGAGCUGCAGAGCGCCAUUGAGCGGGAGGUUGCGGAGCGCACUGACCGCGCGUCGUGGGCGCGCGCACGCAGCGAGCUGCAAGCGGUGCGCUCGGCUGCGGAGGAGCAGCUGGCGGAGCUUAUUGACACCGGCCCUGCGCAGGAGAGCGCCGCUGGUGUAAAGACGCUCGAUGACGGGAACGCACUGGGUGGUAAGCCCGGAGACAGGGAGGGAGGCAGUCGGCCAGCGGAAAGUAGGGUCAACGGACGGAAUGAUUUAAUCAAGAGUAGGAGAUUGGGGGAAGAGAACGAGGGGAGGGAUCGGUCACUGAGUAAAGGUAUGGCGGAAAAGGUGGAGAGUAGGCGAGAGUACUCGCAUUCUCGGAAACUUACAGAUGGGAUUGCGGCUGUUCAGGGUAUGGAAAGUCCGCGGGUCAGGACAAGGAACAGUGCGACAAGCUGGGCUGUUGAUGAAGUUGAAACGGCUAGAAAGUCUUCGGUUACACUGCAACCAGAGCGUAUGGUUGGAAGAAGCCGGGUUGAGAGCUCUGGAGGGCUCCCUUCAGCGGAAGGUUCAGAGUCCGCAGCGGAGGAGAAGGUUAGCGAUUGGUUAAGUCAAAGCGGGAAUCGUGACGCAGGACCAGUCGGGAGUUUGGUAACGGACAGUCACGUAGGUCUAGAACGGAAAGACGGGUCAGGCACUCAGCGGCUAAGAAGCGUUAGCCGUCAAAGCGACGAAAAAAGCAGGAAAAUCAGUAGCGCAACCGCACCGAUCGUACAACGUCAAAGUAGGAAGCCAGCCCCCUCGCUUCCGGAAGCAGGCUCCGUCAGAGUCCGCUCAGCCUCUGUGAGCGAGAAGAAAAUAGACAAACUAAUGCAGGCUAAGACGAGCCCCUCGGUGAAGGACAUGAUAAGCGAACUGCGAAAGCUGGCAACUAUGCAACCAGCGAUUUGAAGUGGGAGGCAGAUAAACAGGAACCGUUGACGCUCCAAGUCAGACUAGCAGUUUAAAGUUUCGGAUAUCUGCACGCAUGAUAG